AUUCGUAUCAUUUAUAUAUAUUAAAGAUACGUGUUAGCGCUCACACCAGAAAUUGCUCUUCCCUACUCUCAAUUCUCUCUUACUGAAUCAUCUUCCCCACAGCAAUGCCCGUCCUCCCUUACCUCUUUCCUUUCUCCAUAACCUACGCCGUCCCAUCACUGUCCUUCCAUCCAGCCCACCGCUUCCUUUUUCCUCCACCCAGAUCUUGCUCCUGCCAUCUUACGAUUGCAGAACCAAAGAACUGGCGAGCUCUCGUCUCGACAGCCCUUGCUGCUGCUGUCAUAAGCUUCGGGGGCGUUGGAACGAUGCCUGCUAUUGCGGAACUCAAUAAGUUUGAGGCGGAGAUGAGAGGUGAAUUCGGGAUCGGUUCUGCGGCGCAAUUCGGGUCGGCGGAUCUCAAGAAGGCAGUCCAUGUAAAUGAAAACUUCAGGCGAGCAAAUUUCACAUCUGCUGACAUGAGAGAAUCUGAUUUUAGCGGCUCCACAUUCAAUGGCGCCUACAUGGAAAAGGCUGUAGCUUACAAAGCAAAUUUUUCUGGUGCUGAUUUGAGUGACACUUUGAUGGAUCGCAUGGUACUUAAUGAAGCAAAUCUCACAAAUGCUGUUCUGGUGAGGUCAGUUCUCACCCGCAGUGAUCUUGGUGGAGCGAUUAUUGAAGGUGCUGACUUCAGCGACGCUGUCCUGGACCUUCCUCAAAAGCAGGCUUUAUGCAAGUAUGCAAAUGGGACAAAUCCAAUUACGGGAGUGAGCACAAGGAAGAGUCUGGGCUGUGGGAAUCCACGCCGGAAUGCAUACGGGAGUCCAUCUUCUCCCCUGCUCAGCGCGCCACCACAAAAGCUGCUCAAUCGGGAUGGAUACUGUGACGAAACUACGGGUCUUUGCCAAGCAAACUGAGCGAAAAUAUAAAUAUACCGUCUCACAUGAAAAUGUGCGUUCGAAAGAGAUUAUUUUUAACCAUGGUUCAUCACAGUGCAUCUUUUUUCAAUUUCUUUGUUCCCCUACGUAGGCUGCGUUCCACAUGGUGGUCGACACAAUGUAUGCAUGAUGACAUUAUUGUUAUUCAAGAGAAAUAUGUUCUGUUUAUCAUCGUCAAGAUGUCCAUUCCUAAAGGUGGUAGAUAUAUACAUGCAUAAGAAUUGAGUAAUAUGUAUGUAAAUUUAAGUAUUUUGUUGCAUGUUCUUUCAAUGCAUAAACACAACUAGUGUGAGAACAAGGACACUAAU